AUGUCUGCCCUUAUAUCCGGUCUAAAGGCGAGGCAUCUCCCGUACUCGCCAUACUCAGUGAAGCGUGCUCUUGAAAACUCCGCCACAUACUUGACACACGUGGAACCCUGGGCUCAAGGUUGUGGUCUACUUAAUAUUGAGAAGGCAUUCGACCUUCUCUCCACGUACUACGACCAGCCCGAGCGUGACGUGUUCUUCAAUAUACAGUGCGGAUCAAACAACGCCAAGGGCAUUCUCCUUCGGCCGAAGCUGGGCGAUGUGCCCAAGGAUGUCAGCAUCACCAUCGAGCCACACUUCUUGAAAGACCACUGCGACAUGGAAAACGCGCGCGUGAUCCCGCGGCAGAUCGCGUUCGGCGUGCGGCUGGCGCUGGCCGUGCGCGCCGAGUGGGUGUCGGUGGCGCAGCACCUGGACAUGAUGAACGCCGCGCGCCCGCUCAACGUGCGCCUGCGCACCGACGCGCUGCCGCCCGGCCCGCACUUCGCCAGUAUAUUGGCGUACGACGUAUCGUGCAUAGAAAAAGGGCCGGUGUUCCGGAUACCCAUCACUGUUCUACAGCCACAACCGUUGCUGACCGGCGUGCCUUCCAUCGUUAAUAAAAAAGUCAACUUCAAACCUGCCACCAUUGUCAGACAUUUUGUAGUUGUUCCUCCCGAAGCCACGUGGGGCGUGUUGAGAAUGUCCACGGAGGAUAAGGAGAAGACGGGCAGGUUUCUCGUGCACACGAUGCAGCUGAUGCCCAAUAAGAGUUGUCGCUGUCACGAGACGCAGAAGAUGCUCAACGUGGGGGUCGAAGCGCCCACCGUUUUACCUUUCCAAGUUGUGGGAGGCGUAACGCUAGAGAUAGCGAUAGCCAAGUACUGGGCGAACAUCGGGGAGCUGGAGCUGGACUACGGGGUGGAGUUCCACGGGCUCGCGCCGGACUGCGGGUCGCGGCUGGUGCUGGGCGCGGGCGAGGGUCCCCGCGGCGUGGUGCUGCGCGCGCUGCGGCUGCAGGACGUGCAGCCCGCGGCACAGCUCAAGUACAGCGAGGCCGUGACCCGCCCCACCGACUCGCGCCUGGCGCCGCUCUCGCCGCGCGACCGCCUGCCGCCCGCCAGGCAGAUCUACCAGCUGCUCAACACCUACGUCUUCCACGUCGCUAAAGCGACCGAGGUAUCGCCGAUAAUCUCACUGCUGUGUGACAUGUUAUACGAGUCGGAGUUCGAAUCCCAGAUGUGGAUGUUGUACAACAGUUGUAAACAACUCAUGGCCGUCGGGGAUGCUUACCCUUCUAAGUAUUCAGUAAAACUAGAAAAAGGUGAUUACACACUACGUCUAAACAUCAGACACGAAAACAAGGGUCUUCUAGAAAAAUUACAAGAUUUACCUGCCAUCAUACAACAGAGACUGCAGCAGCCCAUUACUGUAGACGUAUAUUGUUCGCAGUCACAGGCAUUGACUGGAGGGAAGAAGUUCAGCUCUGCGGCAUUGGCCAGCGGCACGUUACUGCCUCUGUACUUCACAUCUGUACCUGCCGAGAAGAUCAGCCGGUCGAGCCUGUCGGUGGGGCAGACGCUGACGGGGUCGGUGACGUUCGCCAAGGACGAGCUGGGGCGGCGCGUGGACUCGUACGCGCUGCAGUACGUGGUGUGCGAGGCGCCCCGGCGCGCCGCCCCCCCCCGCGACAAGGACAAGCCCGCCCCGCGCGCCGCCCCGCCCCACGCCCCCCCCGCGCCGCCCCACGACGAGUACAUGGACGCGCUCAAGGACUUCACCACCGGCUGGCUCGCCAAGCUCGAAGGCGACAAGCUGGAGCAGGUGUACGAGGAGCUGCAGGAGAAGUUCCCCGGCUACCUGGGCGCGCACGUGGCCUACCUGCACGCGCUCGACUCGCCCACCGACGCCAAGAAAUUACCUCAUGCGAACGAAGAGCCCGAUGUCACGACGGCCUGGUGCGAGCAGCUCAUUACUAUAUCAGAGAAAGUCAUAAAAGCCAUCGACCAGGACAAGUUGCUCGCGUACCUUGGCAUGAAGAAUGACACAAGGAGUGAUGCAAACAAGAUCAAACAGGAGCAGGAGAAGUCGCGCGGCUACCUGGUGGAGGCGCUGUGCCGCCUGCGCAGAGCUCGUACUGACAGUAGUUUGUUGUUAGGGAGCAGGAGAAGUCGCGCGGCUACCUGGUGGAGGCGCUGUGCCGCCUGCGCAGAGCUCGUACUGACAGUAGAGAAGUCGCGCGGCUACCUGGUGGAGGCGCUGUGCCGCCUGCGCAGAGCUCGUACUGACAGUAGUUUGUUGUUAGGGAGCAGGAGAAGUCGCGCGGCUACCUGGUGGAGGCGCUGUGCCGCCUGCGCAGAGCUCGUACUGACAGUAGAGAAGUCGCGCGGCUACCUGGUGGAGGCGCUGUGCCGCCUGCGCAGAGCUCGUACUGACAGUAGUUUGUUGUUAGGGAGCAGGAGAAGUCGCGCGGCUACCUGGUGGAGGCGCUGUGCCGCCUGCGCAGAGCUCGUACUGACAGUAGAGAAGUCGCGCGGCUACCUGGUGGAGGCGCUGUGCCGCCUGCGCAGAGCUCGUACUGACAGUAGUUUGUUGUUAGGGAGCAGGAGAAGUCGCGCGGCUACCUGGUGGAGGCGCUGUGCCGCCUGCGCAGAGCUCGUACUGACAGUAGAGAAGUCGCGCGGCUACCUGGUGGAGGCGCUGUGCCGCCUGCGCAGAGCUCGUACUGACAGUAGUUUGUUGUUAGGGAGCAGGAGAAGUCGCGCGGCUACCUGGUGGAGGCGCUGUGCCGCCUGCGCAGAGCUCGUACUGACAGUAGAGAAGUCGCGCGGCUACCUGGUGGAGGCGCUGUGCCGCCUGCGCAGAGCUCGUACUGACAGUAGUUUGUUGUUAGGGAGCAGGAGAAGUCGCGCGGCUAUCUGGUGGAGGCGCUGUGCCGCCUGCGCAGAGCUCGUACUGACAGUAGAGAAGUCGCGCGGCUACCUGGUGGAGGCGCUGUGCCGCCUGCGCAGAGCUCGUACUGACAGUAGUUUGUUGUUAGGGAGCAGGAGAAGUCGCGCGGCUAUCUGGUGGAGGCGCUGUGCCGCCUGCGCAGAGCUCGUACUGACAGUAGAGAAGUCGCGCGGCUACCUGGUGGAGGCGCUGUGCCGCCUGCGCAGAGCUCGUACUGACAGUAGUUUGUUGUUAGGGAGCAGGAGAAGUCGCGCGGCUACCUGGUGGAGGCGCUGUGCCGCCUGCGCAGAGCUCGUACUGACAGUAGAGAAGUCGCGCGGCUACCUGGUGGAGGCGCUGUGCCGCCUGCGCAGAGCUCGUACUGACAGUAGUUUGUUGUUAGGGAGCAGGAGAAGUCGCGCGGCUACCUGGUGGAGGCGCUGUGCCGCCUGCGCAGAGCUCGUACUGACAGUAGAGAAGUCGCGCGGCUACCUGGUGGAGGCGCUGUGCCGCCUGCGCAGAGCUCGUACUGACAGUAGUUUGUUGUUAGGGAGCAGGAGAAGUCGCGCGGCUACCUGGUGGAGGCGCUGUGCCGCCUGCGCAGAGCUCGUACUGACAGUAGAGAAGUCGCGCGGCUACCUGGUGGAGGCGCUGUGCCGCCUGCGCAGAGCUCGUACUGACAGUAGUUUGUUGUUAGGGAGCAGGAGAAGUCGCGCGGCUACCUGGUGGAGGCGCUGUGCCGCCUGCGCAGAGCUCGUACUGACAGUAGAGAAGUCGCGCGGCUACCUGGUGGAGGCGCUGUGCCGCCUGCGCAGAGCUCGUACUGACAGUAGUUUGUUGUUAGGGAGCAGGAGAAGUCGCGCGGCUACCUGGUGGAGGCGCUGUGCCGCCUGCGCAGAGCUCGUACUGACAGUAGAGAAGUCGCGCGGCUACCUGGUGGAGGCGCUGUGCCGCCUGCGCAGAGCUCGUACUGACAGUAGUUUGUUGUUAGGGAGCAGGAGAAGUCGCGCGGCUACCUGGUGGAGGCGCUGUGCCGCCUGCGCAGAGCUCGUACUGACAGUAGAGAAGUCGCGCGGCUACCUGGUGGAGGCGCUGUGCCGCCUGCGCAGAGCUCGUACUGACAGUAGUUUGUUGUUAGGGAGCAGGAGAAGUCGCGCGGCUACCUGGUGGAGGCGCUGUGCCGCCUGCGCAGAGCUCGUACUGACAGUAGAGAAGUCGCGCGGCUACCUGGUGGAGGCGCUGUGCCGCCUGCGCAGAGCUCGUACUGACAGUAGUUUGUUGUUAGGGAGCAGGAGAAGUCGCGCGGCUACCUGGUGGAGGCGCUGUGCCGCCUGCGCAGAGCUCGUACUGACAGUAGAGAAGUCGCGCGGCUACCUGGUGGAGGCGCUGUGCCGCCUGCGCAGAGCUCGUACUGACAGUAGUUUGUUGUUAGGGAGCAGGAGAAGUCGCGCGGCUACCUGGUGGAGGCGCUGUGCCGCCUGCGCAGAGCUCGUACUGACAGUAGAGAAGUCGCGCGGCUACCUGGUGGAGGCGCUGUGCCGCCUGCGCAGAGCUCGUACUGACAGUAGUUUGUUGUUAGGGAGCAGGAGAAGUCGCGCGGCUACCUGGUGGAGGCGCUGUGCCGCCUGCGCAGAGCUCGUACUGACAGUAGAGAAGUCGCGCGGCUACCUGGUGGAGGCGCUGUGCCGCAAGGGCACGGCGCUGUGCCGCCUGCGCGCGCUGGCGCAGAGCCCGGCUGCGCGGGAGAAGAUCUCCGAGGCGCUCGCCAACAACCUCACCGAUCUGCUCAAGUUCGCAGACCUCGCAGACACCAAGGCGAUUCACUACGGGGUGUGGCACUGCUUCACAUUUAAACAAUGGGGUCGAGGUAUCAAGCUGUUAAACAAAAUCCAGGAGGAGCGUCCCUCAAAAGAAGUGGAGGAGAGACUGAUAGAGGCGUACAACGCUUUGGGCUGGGGCUUCUACGCGCGCUGGAGCCAGGCCGCCCUGCCCAUCCGCUACCCCGCCACCUACAGGCCCUUCUGA